UCGUCCUAAAUUACUCUGCAUUUCAUUUCCAUUUCAAUUUCUAUCUUUCUUUAUAGUUUCUAGACGUUACUUUCUCUCUCAUCUUAACUCUUCCAUGUUUCCUCCGUUUCAUCGAUGGAGAGUGAAGCCUUAACUCUUCUUACGUCUUCCAGAUCUCGUUACUCGCGAUUCUUUCAUUCUUCGCUUUUUCUCACUUCACAUUCGCUGAUUCUUUCACUCUCUAAUCACCAGCCUCGCCACCACCACCACGUAACCGUUAAUUGAAGGCAUGUGAGGUGGUCCAGAGAAAUCAAAAUCUCCUUCAACUUCAUCUUUCUUAGGUGUAAAAGUCACAACUAAUGUUAAAGAAAUGAAAACACUAACAGUCAAUACUGAAGAUUCUUUUUCCAGUUUGCUGGAACUUGCUUCUAACAAUGACAUUGAAGGUUUUAAGCUCCUUUUAGAGAAGGAUUCUUCAUCUAUCAAUGAGGUUGGACUCUGGUAUGGCCGGCAAAACGGAUCAAAGCAAUUUGUUCUUGAGCAUAGAACCCCGUUGAUGGUUGCUGCUACCUAUGGUAGCAUCGAUGUUCUGAAGCUUAUACUAUUGUGUCCCAAGACAGAUGUAAAUUUCGCCUGUGGGGCGAAUAAAAGCACUGCCCUUCACUGUGCUGCUUCUGGAGGUUCUGCCGGUGCAAUUGAUGCUGUGAAGCUUCUUUUAUCGGCAGGGGCUGAUGUGAAUUGCGUGGAUGCAAAUGGGAAUCGCCCUAUUGAUCUAAUUGUUGUACCUCCCAAGCUGCAAGGCAUGAAACCCAUACUUGAGGAACUUCUCUCAGAUUCUUCUGAUGUGUCAGUUGGUGACUUCUCUGUUCCAGUAUCUGUUGAUUCAUCCAGUCCUAUUAAUUCAUCCAGUCCUGGUUCUCCUGCCCAUUCAUCGAAUGGGUUGCCAUACUCUCCUUCAGGCUCACCCCCAUCACCAGUGGUGUCGAAGUUUACUGAUGCAGCUAUUAGCUCUUUGUCAGAAAAGAAGGAAUAUCCCAUUGAUCCAUCUUUGCCUGAUAUAAAGAACAGCAUAUAUGCUACUGAUGAGUUUAGGAUGUUUUCGUUCAAGGUGAGACCUUGUUCCCGGGCAUACUCUCAUGAUUGGACUGAGUGUCCAUUUGUUCAUCCAGGAGAGAAUGCUCGAAGGAGAGACCCCAGGAAGUUCCACUACAGCUGUGUGCCAUGCCCUGAUUUUAGGAAAGGAGCCUGUAGGCGUGGAGACAUGUGUGAGUAUGCUCAUGGGGUGUUUGAAUGUUGGUUGCAUCCGGCUCAAUAUCGGACACGCCUUUGCAAAGAUGGUAUUAGUUGUAAUCGAAGGGUGUGUUUUUUUGCUCACACUGCUGAGGAGCUCCGUCCGUUGUAUGUGUCCACUGGAUCUGCUGUCCCUUCACCCCGAUCAUCUACCUCAGCUCCUAAUGUCAUGGAUAUGGCUGCAGCCAUGAGCCUUUUGCCAGGAUCGCCUUCAUCAGUCUCUUCCAUGUCGCCAUCACACUUUGGCCAACCAAUGUCCCCAUCUGCAAAUGGCAUGUCACUCUCAUCUGCUGCUUGGGCACAGCCAAAUGUGCCAGCUCUUCAUUUACCAGGAAGCAAUCUUCAAUCUAGCCGAUUGAGGUCUUCUCUCAGUGCCCGUGACAUUCCACCUGAAGACUUCAGCACAAUGCCUGAUCUUGAUGGCCAGCAGCACCCUUUGAAUGACUUGAGCUGUUUCUUACAGCCUCGCCCUGGUGCUGGUUCGGUGAGUCGAUCUGGUCGGUCUAAAACCCUAACUCCAUCAAAUCUGGAAGAUCUCUUUUCUGCUGAGUUUUCUUCAUCUCCACGGUAUUCUGAUCCAGCAGCUGCUUCGGUGUUUUCCCCUACCCACAAAUCAGCUGUUCUCAAUCAGUUUCAACAGCUUCAAAGUAUGUUAUCACCUAUAAAUACUAACUUACUGUCUCCUAAGAAUGUUGAGCAUCCACUUUUACAGGCUUCCUUUGGUGUCUCUCCUUCUGGAAGGAUGUCUCCAAGAAAUGUUGAGCCAAUUUCUCCGAUGAGCAAUCGGAUAUCUGCAUUUGCUCAACGUGAGAAACAGCAGCAACAGCUACGCAGCAUCAGUUCAAGGGACCUUGGUGCCAACAGUCCUGCCUCGGUUGUUGGCUCCCCCGUAAAUCCUUGGUCAAAGUGGGGAUCUCCUAAUGGAAAAGUUGAUUGGUCAGUAAAUGGAGAUGAGCUUGGUCGUCAGAUGCGAAGAUCAACCUCCUUUGAGCUUAAAAACAAUGGGGAAGAGCCUGAUCUAUCUUGGGUCCAAUCUCUGGUGAAGGAAUCUCCACCUGAGAUGAUCAAAGAGAAGUUUGCCUCUCCUGUGCCUACUGCUGCUGCUGAUGGACUGAAUUCCAAUUCCCAAAUUGAACCUACUGAUCAUUCUGUCUUAGGAGCUUGGCUCGAGCAAAUGCAACUGGAUCAGCUUGUAGUCUAGGCAAAUUGACCCUUUACAUCUUGUUGAGAUAGGUAUUUAAUUUCAUAAGGUACAUAUUCUUUUGGUGAAAUUUUUUGAAAAGACAACAAGGAGGAAGUGUAGUAAAAGGAAGGAGGGGAGGGUUGGUUGGCCGCAAAGUAACCUGAAGGAUAUUCUAUUUUUUUCUUUUUUAAUAAUUGUCAUUCAUUAUUUCACUACAGGGCUUCAGGAGAGCUGAAGAGGCUUUCUUGGGGCUGAUAUUCAAUAGGAGAGAAAUCCUGUAGAGGUUAUCUAUUUUUCUUCCAAAACGGCCUUGUCAUGAUUGCCUUUUUCUAAGUUCACCAACAAGCAAGCUAGAUGGUUUAUAAUGGAAUAAAGGCCAUUGCCUUUUUCUGAGUUCACCAUCAAGCAAGCUAGAUGGUUUAUAAUGGAACAAAGGCCACCAGCCUUGCUGUUGUUUUAAAGCAUUUUCUGAAGUUUACCAUGUUAAAGUCAGUGGUUUCCGUCAACUAAGGUUGAAGUUGUUUCUUAUGAGGGAAUAAUUAGAUAUGAUCUGUGGAAUAUUUACUGCAGAUAAUGAAGUUUAUAAUGUUCUUAUGCUGUAUCCCCAUGAAGUUGUACUUGUUAUUACGUUGUUUUAAAUUUAAAUGCAUUGUUUUGUAUCUUUUA